UUGCAUAUAUAAUAAAUCUCCACUAUUUUGCAUUAUUCAUUGCAAGUAUGUCCCUCAAAGCAAAUAAAGAAUCUAAAUGUAUGAUCAUAUUUAUAUAGCAUAGCUUAUUUAUUAACCAACGAUUAUCUUAAAGCAAUAUACAUAGGUGUUUUCCAUUAACUCGGGAAUAAAAAAUAUAGUAAUUUUAAAUAAAAAGUGAAAAUAUAUUCUGGCCAUAUCAAAUUCGAAACGAAUUCGAAAGUGCUUACUGCUUCAUCUAGGAGUAGAGAAGAGAAUCAAAUACAAACAAAGGAAAUGACGACCAGCGGAUAGAGCAAGAAAUAUUCGAUUUCGUAAUUUUUCUUUGUUUGUGCACAACAUCUGAGUUAAACGCAAACAAAUACGAGACAUUUUGAUUUUUUCAUUUCUUGAUAAAAGUAUUAAAAUCAGUUGGAAUUCCAAACCAAUAUAUUGACUAAUUUCAUAAGAAAUAGCAAUAUUGCAUUCAGAAAAUAAGUGAUUACUGGAUUAUAAUUGCAUAAAUAGCUCCCUUGGAGUAUAGUGCUGCUUUUAGCACUGAUUUCCUGAGAAUUUUAAGUGGAAGAUGUCUGCAGAUUCACCACGGCGGCAAUCGCGUGGCAUAGCCGCACCUGCAGUUGUGCCUCCCCAAGUUGUAAGCGAUCGUUCAAUUUUAGACUCUGCGUUUGGGUUCAUCAGCGAUGUUACACUAGUGGCACAGCAGUCACAUACUGAGCCCAAAGAUACAAUUAUUUGGGCACGGUUUGAGACGGCUGCUGAUAUAAGUGAUCCAUGUUUCGGUAUAGACUGGGAAAUGGAGGGAAGUGCAGCUCCACCAUUGCUUCUACUAUUAGGAUACGGUCUUGGCGUUCAAGUAUGGGCUAUACCUGCUAACGGGGAGGCUAUUGAAGUGCUAUCAUGGCGCCAUGGUGUUGUGUCAACAUUACGAGUCCUACCAACGCCGACCUUAGUACGAUCCGCGAAUGAACAUGGACGUGCUGAUGAAUCGAUAGAUAUAUAUGCUGAAAAACGCCCUAUUAUUGCAUUAGUGGACAGUAGUACGGCUUCUUCACAGCUUCAGUUCUGUACAAUAAAUUUUGUUUCACUUAAAACUGGAAAGCAAGUGAAGACGAUUAAAUUUAAAAACGUAAUUUUGGACGUACUUGCCAAUCGUUCUUCCAUUGUUAUUGUAUUUCAUGAACGUAUAGCUGUUUUCGAUGCCCGUACUUUGGAAGAUCGGCUUUCAAUAACUACAUGUUAUCCAAGUCCUGGGAUCAAUCCAAAUCCUGUUGCUCUUGGUCAACGCUGGCUAGCUUAUGCUGAGCAAAGGCUGAUUCCCUCAAAGCGUAGCGGUGGAGGCUGGGAUGGUGAGGGUGUAGCCAGUUACACAGCAACUGUAUUAAAUGCUGCAAAGUCGUUUGGAAAAGGGUUGCGAGAGCUUGGUGAACAGGUAGCAGCAGGUUUGACAGGAACGUCAAGUAGUGGCAGUAUAUCAAAAAAUAGUAGUUUCGAUUCCAUUACUGGUGUUGAAGCUAAACAAUCUGGGAUUGUUACGAUAAUGGAUAUAGAGACUAUUAAAGAUUACAGCCCCACCUCAAUGACAUCUGCUACUGGCGGUGCUAAUGAGGAGCCCAUUAUUGCACAUUUUGUCGCUCACGCAGAAGCUAUUGUUGCAAUGGAGUUUGAUAAUUCAGGCAUGCUAUUACUUACCGCCGAUCGUCGCGGUCAUGAUUUUCACGUUUUCCGUAUACAGCCACAUCCCGCAAGCCCUAGCCUUUCAGCGGUACAUCAUUUAUAUGUAUUACAUAGGGGCGACACUAGUGCAAAGGUCCAAAACAUUACAUUUUCACUAGAUUCACGUUGGGUAGCGGUGUCGACAUUAAGAGGAACUACUCAUGUAUUUCCAAUUACACCUUAUGGUGGUCAAAUGGGAGUGCGGACACAUACAUCUUUACAUGUUGUUAAUAAGUUGUCACGAUUUCAUCGCUCAGCGGGCUUAUCUGUAGAAGGCCGUUCAAAUUCUCCAAUAUCACAUUCAGAAAGUACCACUUUUAUGCAAUCCUUGCAACCUUACCAUAAUACAACUCUACCACCAUUUCCGCGUCCCACAAUUGUGCAAGCUUUAGCUCAACUACGACAACCGUUUGCACUCGGAUCACCUCCUGGGUCUGCAGGACUUGUUAUGCCGGGUAAAAUUGGUGUAGGUAGUAGUAGCAUAACAGCUGCUUCUCAACGACAAAGGCAUUCUUCCCUAUCUGAUGAUAACGGAAAACCUUUGAGCGUGUGUGCAAUUUUUGCGAAAUCGCGAUCUUGGUUACUUGAACCACCAAAUGUCACUCGAGAAGCAUCACAUCGUAUGCAGCGUAAAUCUGUUGAUUCACUUUUCGUAAUGGCUGGCCACGGUGCUCUUAUACAAUACGAUUUGGACACUAAACUUGCAUCAAAUAUUGCCAAAGAUAAAAUUUGUGAUGAUACGCCAAUUGAAUUAGAAGUGGAAGCUAAAGCACAAUGGAAUCUCGGUAGGCGAAGGGAUGGAUCUCAUGAGUUGGCACCUCCGUUGGAAAAUGAUAAUUGGCUUAUAAAGGAUAGAAAUUUAUGUUUGUUAGACAGCAUACGUCAAUAUGAUGAAUUGGAGGAAAAAAAUGAGAGUUGGGUAUCUCAAGUAGAAAUUAUUACACACGCCGGUCCACACCGCCGUCUUUGGAUGGGGCCUCAAUGUGUAUUCAAAACGUAUAACACUCCUAGCGGCUCCAAUCUGAACCAUGUUGAUGUUGAGGCUGUUGAAAUAGGGGUAACAAAGUCCACAAAUUCCGCAUCGGCUAUUCGUUCACAUCCACUAAGUAUGCCAGUAACGGCUGCAGCUCGAUGCUCUUUGCCGGUCCUCAUUGAAUCGGGUUCAUAUAGUAGUGUAGAACAAAGUCCAAAACUGAUGGAUCGUUUUCGCCACGAGCAUUUGGAUUCAGAUUUUGCAAUGGCGCAUGGUGAUUCUCGAUUAAAGGAGGACUUGGCCGAUGCUAUGCGCGAAUCACCAUCUGUGUCGGAUGAUCGAAAAAGUACAUGUCGAUUAGCGUCUGGGGUUGCUUCGUCUGAUAAUGUCCCAUUCUACGAUGCCCGCGCAGAUCCUGACAUUGGUGAAGACGAUUCUGAUAACAGCCUGAAAGCCAUGGUUUCAUAUCCCCCCUCUCUCACCUCGACGUCAGAAACACUGACUGCAAUGGGUACUUGGAAUUUGGUUUCUGAUGUCGAUUCCGACCAAUGUAAAAGAGUUCAGCUCUGUUGUGAUGAAAAUAAGAAAACUUUUGAGAUUCCAAAAUCGUCUACACCUUCAGUAGAAAAAGUAGUUAAUCCUCUGGGGACGGUAACAACAGUUUUUUCAGGCAUUUCAACUGACGUAAAAAGAGACAUUCUGGAUGAAGUGGUAUCGCAAUUAGCUGCCGAAGAGAGUAUUAUACACGAAAAUUGUGAUGAGUCUUUGUUUCGUCCCGUUGUGGCGAUAUUAUGUGACGAUAAUAUUAAUCAAACAGCGGGAAAAACUAUAGAAAGUGAAGAAUUCUGUAAACCACCUGAGUUAAUAAAAAAUAAACUUAUAGUGCCAGUCAUAGCAAAAGAAGUAGAUGCCGAGUUAAGCAGAAAGGAGAGGAACCAAAAAAGUGGAAGAAUAAAAUAUCAAAAUGUGAAGAAAUUAGAUUUAUGCUCAACAGAAAGUGAUAAGCCAACAACUGCUGUUCUAAUCACUGAAGCUGGGAACAUUCAGCAACACGUGAGCUCUGAAAUUGGACACAUGGUGGAACUGGUCCAUGGAAACAACGUGAACAGCGGAAAUUUAUGUGGCAAUACGAACACAAUCGAAACGAAAAAAAACCUAAAAAGCUUAUCAUCAGUUAAGGAAGAUGUCAUAGAAUUUAAACGAAUGACACCUUUACCUAUUGAGAAGACUCGAAAUAAAAUUUUAAAAGAUAGAGAACUUGUUAAAGGUCAUUUAUCUCAAAUUGAAAGUGAAACAAAUAGUAAGGGCCUAACAUCACCUGAUACAAAAAAUAACUCGAAAAAAAUAAAUUUUCUAAAGGAUAACGCACAACUUAAUCAAACUUUAUCAGACAACGUUUCAAUCGAGAUUAAUGAAAAUAAGAAGGUACCGUUCACUAAUUUUAUAAAAUCAACUGUAUGUGCAGAUACUUCAAAAGUAAAUACUCCAAUCGGGGAACCCGCAAACAAUAGCAAUAAUAUUAAAACAUUGUCUAAAAACAAUAUUAAAUGCGAUAAAUUAAGUAAAGAGAUCGAGUUAAAACCAGAAAUUGGAAUAGAGGCUGCCAGUACAAGCAAAUCACAUGAGAAGAAAGAUACAAUUACAAGUGCCAGUAAAGUCAUUGAAAAUACAGCUGACAAAGUAAAUGAAGCUCACGAUGAUGCUAGUAUAUGUUGUAAUAAAAUAAUUGAACAAAACGUAACUGUUAAUCUUACAAAAAAGGAAAAAAACUCAUUAAAAAAGAAAUCUGAUAAUGAAAUAUCAAAAAAUGACGGAAUUGCCGGUCAUUCAGAUAUCGGAAAGGAAAAAUUGGCAUUUAUCCAGUCAAACUCUGAAAUUAGUGAAAGUCCACUAAUUUCAAAAUCAAAUAAUUCAGUAUGGCAGACUGUAAGUAGCGACAACCAACUAAAAUCUAAAGUGCAAUCAAGCGAUAACUUCCCAAGUUUGGGGACAAUUGGUAAAACUAAAAAACCUGUUAAAAUUAAAGAGAGCAAUACAGAUAAAAAAGGCAAUAUUCUUUCCGAUUUAUCUACACUUUCGAAACCUAUUGACAAUUCAUGCACUGGAUUAGGCGGUAAUAUGAAGAAGAAUACUAAGAGUAAGGCAAACAUCACAGAAAAUAGUGAAAUUAAAUUGUCUGAUUCAUCUAAGCAACUAAAAUCCAUGGAAAAACAGAAAAUUGAUGUUAAAUUAAAGGGUCAAAAUAAUAGUGACAGCAAAUGGUCAUUCGAUGGAUUUUCCUCACUGCAACCACUGGAAUCAUUACCGCCUUUGCCCGCAUUAGAAAACAUUGAUAUUUAUCCAUACUGUUCAAUUUUAAUGGAAAAAGAAAAUAAAUCAUCUGCAAAGGCUAAAGAUAAUCUGUCAGAACAAUUAAGUUUGAUUAAUUUUGAUAGCCCGUUACAGGAAAAUCCGAGACAAGAUGGGAAAGUACUCUCACUUCCAAAAGCCCUUAGCCAACAAAAUUUAAUUUUCGCUUUAUGUGGAUCGUUGCACUGUGAAGAUGAUAGUAUCUGCGACGAAGAGAAAUUGUCAAAAGAAUAUCAAGUAACAAUCAAUUCGGAGAUGGGAGAUUUAACAUCACCAGAUUAUAAGUUACUCAACGAUGGCGAAGAUCAAUAUUUAAGUUUGGAACACAGUUCUCAAGAAACUAAUACUACCAAUACUGGAACAACGAAUGACAAAUCUGUAAGUUCGGCAAAUUCAUCCACUUCAGAGGAAAUUCUUGUUAUCGAAGAGAAAAAGUUAAGUAAAAAGCAAAAGCGAAAAAGACAACAAGCAGAAACUAAAAAGCAAAAGGAAGAAAUCACUUUCGAAGAUGAUGAUGAAUUACGCCCGUUAAUUACAAAAAUAAAAUCUGAUUCAGAAACUGUAGCAAUUAUUAAUAAAAAUAAAUCCUCUACUUUUUCUGGAUCGAACAACAAAGAUGAUCAAAAGCUAAUUGACAACAUCAUUACACCUGCAUCUCCAAAUACAACAACCGAUAGUGAAGGGCCCGUUCCUGCUACUACUUCAGAUGACAAUGGUUUCAUUUUACCAGCGAAUACUGCAACUAUUAAUGUUCCCAUGAAACUGAAAACAAAGAGACUAGAACAUAAAAUUAAUCUUAUGGCUGCGAUUGAUGCUGCAACGUCAUCGUCUACAUCGUCUGCUGAAGAGAGUAAUUUGGAAAUAGAGAAUAGGAAAGAUAGUUCCGAUCAAGAUCUACCAGUCCUCGGAAUGAACACAUCUGAAAUGCAAACAACUUUAACUAAUAUAAAUGUAGUUCCACCGUCAUGUACAACAAAGAAGAAAACUAAGCGACGCAAGAGAUAAGAAUUAGUCUUCGGUUUGUUUUGUAUUUUGUGUGUAGUUAUUACAUUCUAUAUAUAUAAUGCUUGCUAUAAUGACAAUGAUGGUGAGUGAUGAAUUUUUAGUACAGCUGUAACCAGUAAUAUACAAACGGUAUUCUAAAACAAAUAGUUAUCUGGUUAAUUCAGUUCUUGAUAGGCAUGUUCGUUGUUAUGAAUAAUAUUCAAAUACUUUCAAUCAUCUUUGGGAAUGCAUACAAAUGUAUGCAAAUCACCGAGCCGUAAAAUAAAUAUAAAAUUAAUGCUUAUCGUAAUAAGUUUCCAUUCAAGUAAACACAGAAAAAACCCGUUACUGCCAUUUAGUAAAUUUUGCCUAAUCCGUUACUGUGGAUAUUUUCCGGAUUUUUUUAAAUUUCACCAACGUUGAAAUUGAACAAUCUGAUUUAGAUAAAUAUUCAUAUUCAAUGCACAAAACAUAGAAGAUUAGCGGGAAGUAUUAACAAAUUUUGAAGACAUUAAUUUUGCCAAUAUUGAUUUCAUUCUCAAUCGCUUCUCAAACAUCCUCUAUCAACCUUCGUUACAGUUCAGUUAACGAUAAUAUUAAUUUUUAUAACGUACGCUAUAAUCCGGUGAUAUGUGCAUUCACUUUAAUUGGCAUUGAUUCGGACACACUAGUUUUUUAAAGAUACUUAUAUAUUUUAGAAUGCAAUUGUAAAUAGAUUAAUCCGCUGUAAUAUCAAACUGAUUUUAUUUAAUCAAAAAUAAAAUAACAUAUAGUAAACAUUA